AUGGAAAGGACAGCUUCGAAAUUUCUAGCAAGAAGGCAAAAGCUCAAACAGCCCCAGCAAAAUCGCAUGGUUCAGCCCCCUCCACUACAAGAUUUCCAAGUUGAUGAAGAUGAUUUAGAUAAAUGAAGAGUCAUCAAUAUGCAGUAUCGGGCCUUAUUUAAAAAAAAGCAUGAUACUUCUCAGGACAACCGUCCAAUUUCUCCUAUAUCUUCUGACAGCAGUCCUGAAAAAGACAGAAAAAUAACACAGCGAAAACUCCCCAAACUUCCGAAUGAAAACGCAAUUGGCAAUAAACUCGACCAGCAAUAUCUAACAAAAAAGCUUAAAGAAAUAGAAAACACUCAAACAGCUGUAGUUACAAAGCCAUCUUUGCAUGAAAAAUCAGUCCAAGAUCUGCUAAAUUUACUGCCUAAAGGUGGAACUUUACUAGAAGAAGCAGAAAUCUUAAUUUCAACUAACAAUGAAGUCAUUGAGCAAGGCACAGAACAGUAUGAAAAUUUGCUGAGAAAUGUCGUAGAAGAACUGCAUUUAAAAGAAAUUGAAGAAAACCAACAAGUUUGAAGCCAAAAAAUCAACUCAAUUUAUGAUGAAAUUGAAAAAAUAACUGCAAAAAAUAAUGGAUAAAUAAAAUGGCAUUCGGUUCGAGAGAAAUUAGCUCUGCUAAUUUUCUUUCCCUCAUGGAAUUUUAUUUAUAGGGUUAGGUUUUCACUCGAAGACUUCUGGACAGCAAUAGCGGUUUAACUCUGGAGAUAACCAGAGGAACCACUCCUCAGUCCACUCAAGAUUUCGGGCUUUUACCUCUCAGCACAUCCCCACGGGAGGAUGACCCUUAGGCGGAACACGCGCAGGAGCUGAGUCGAGCGACAAGGGCGACGGCAACGCGCCGGGUGAGACGUGCAGCAAGGCCGGUGAAGCAGGAGUUGAUAUAGAAGGCUUGGACAGGGCUGACCUGUGCCAAGAUGGCUCGCCUACGUCAUCAGUUUUUGCCAUAGGCCCUUUUGGGCUGCGGCACUAGACACCUUAAACACCAGAUAAUUAAGUAAGUAAGUAAGUAAGUAAGCAAAAAAUAAUGAGCUGCAAGCAUUACUGAGGAAGCACAGUAUACAGACACAGUCAGAGUCUGAAGAAAAGCAUGAAAUUAUGACCAUUUCUAAUGAUGUGAAGGACAUGGAGAUGAAAUGCAGGCUUUCUAAUGAAGAAAAUCAGCUGUUAGAAGAAACUAUAAAUAUGCUGAAAAAUGAUAUCGCAGAAUUAUCUAUUAAAUUUCAAGAAAAAGAAGCACAAUUGAUGGAAGAGCUAAAUGUUCUGCACCAUCGAUUAACUUCUACUGAAAAUGAACAGGUAGAAGAGCUUGCUAAUGAAUGUAAAAAUAUUGAAGAAGCUAAUGAAAAAUUAGAAAAAGAAAUAAAAGAAGUUGAAAAAAUGUGAAAAGGAGAGCAUGAAAACUUGAAAGAAAUUAUAGAAGCCGCUGAGGAUGGACAUUCAUUACUGAAACAAGAAUUAGGGAAUAUCAAAGAGUCAAAAAAUAAACUUGAAAAAGAGCGGCAAGCUUUACAAGCAAAAAAAGCGAAGCUACAAAAGAGAAAAAAUGAGUUUUAUAAUAAAAGCAAAGAUGAAAACAAAGGAAACAGUUUUGUUGAAGCCAAAAAUAAGCAAGCGCUUGUGCUGCAUAUUGAUGGGCUUUUGACAGAAGCCUCCAGAAAAAUAAUGGACACAUUUUAUGGCAGAGACACUAAAAUUGAGCCGGAAAAUUUAUUAAAAAAAUCCAUGAAAAAUUUAUUUUUAAAGCCCAAAAACUUAGAUUCAAUAAGCCCAGAAUUAAAAUCAAUUCGGGAUACACUAGGAUAUUUAAAGGUAAAUUAUAUAUAGGACCAACAUAAUAAAAGCUUAGAAAAUGUUCAAGAAGCUAAUACAAAAAAUAUUGAUAAUAUUACUAGUAGGAUAGAAGACUUAAAGAAAGCUUCUCAUAGUCUAUCUAAGUCAAUUGGAUCUUUUUCAAAUCUUUCUCCUAUAAGAAUGGUUUCACCAUUUAGAGAAAGUAGCUUAUUAUCAAUCUCUAAACUAAAAGAAAUUACAGGGAAAAUUGAUAGCAAAGCAAAUUCUGUAAGGCUGGAAAGAAGUCCAAGUAAUAUUUCACAAGUUUCAAGAAGUUCAAGCGCUGUGAGGUCGGAAGACCCAGAAAUUGAAAAAAGGAGAAUGGAGCAUAAGCUAUUUUUGGAUAGAAGCAGAUUGGGAUUUUAA